AACCCCAACCCAACAAUAUGAAAGAAUUUCAGGUUGUGCUGUACGCUAAUCUGGAAAUGUCCGACUCAUAGAGAGAGAGACCCGGACUUGAAGAAACUCCGAAUCAGCCAUGGCCGGUUCCGAUCUCGAGAAGUUGAUGAUCAAAGCCGACAAACUAACAAAACUCAGUCUUACAAGGUGGAGUGCUGAUUGGAAAAGUGCUACUCAGUUGUAUGAGCAGGCCGCUAACGGGUUUAGGCUCACCAAGAACUAUGACAAAGCAAAAGAAGCAUUUGAGAAAGCUUCGAAAGGACAAGAGAUGCUUUCUUCACCCUGGGACGCUGCUAAGCAUAUGGAAUCUGCUGCUGCUCUAGCAAAGGAACUAGGCAAAUUCAGCGAAGUUGCUGAUUUUUAUAGAAGGGCAUCUGAGCUAUACACUGUCUGUGGGAGAUCACAGCCUGCAUCGGAUGCUCUUGCGAAGGGUGCCCGUGCUCUUGAAGAUGCUGUGCCUGAUGAAGCUAUUCAACUUUACACUGAUGCUUGUUCUAUUCUCGAAGAGGAUGGGAAGGAACAAAUGGCCUUUGAUCUAUAUCGUGAUGCAACAAGUGUUUAUAUAAAACUUGAGAAGUAUACAGAUGCUGCCACUUUCCUAUUGAGAUUGGGCUUAGCAGCUGAUAAAUGCAAGGCAACGAAUAGCAAAUGCAAGGCAUAUCUUAGCUCAAUUAUUGUUUACCUCUAUGCACAUGACUUCAAGGAAGCAGAGAAGUGCUAUAAUGACUGUUCUCAAGUUGAUGGGUUUUUGAGAAGUGACCAGGGCCGUUGUGCUAGUAAGCUUCUUUCUGCUUAUUCAGAAGGUGACAUUGAAGAAAUCAAACGUCUGGCUCAGUCAAGUGCUGUUUCUAAUCUUGAUCAUGUGAUCAUCAGGCUUGCUAGGAAACUGCCUACUGGCGAAGUGAGUGCACUAAAGAGUGAUGGUGUGGGAGAGCAAGAAGAGGCACUGGAUGAAAAUGACCUCACUUAACCGCUCACUGACGCUGCUUGGAUCUACUCCUUUUUUGUAAGAAUAUUUUUCAAAAUUUGAUUUUAUUUUAUUUUAUUUUAUUUUUUUUUAAAAAAAAUAAAUAAAUAAAAAAUUGUUUACCUGCAUUUGUAUAAAAAGUUGCAUUGUAUUCUCGACUCUAUCUAUGGGUUAAACACAUGAAGAAGUGGUGUACACUUAGAA